GAAGGCAUCUUUUGUCUCGUGUUAUUGUCCGAUGCAGCUAGCUAACGCAGCGAGCGAGCGAGCGAGCCACCGCUGGCAAAAGGUAGAUUAGCGUUAAAAUUGCAAUAAUUUAACCGUUUACCAAAGCGCAGAAACAAUGAGAAGAGUUACGUUAUUUGUUAACGGCACAUCUAAAAAUGGCAAGGUUGUAGCAGUGUACGGAACCUUGGUCGACCUUUUGUCCGUGGCGAGCAAUAAGUUAGGAAUCAAAGCGUCCUGCUUAUACAAUGGGAAGGGCGGCCUCAUAGAUGACAUUGCCCUCAUAAGAGACGACGACGUCCUGUACGUGUCGGAGGGGGAUCCGUUCUUCGAUCCUCAGAACGAAGCCAAGGCCACGUCUGAGCCGCAUGGGGCGCACACUGACUGGCUCACCCUUAAUAUUGGAGGGCGACUCUUCACCACCACCAGGAGCACCUUGGUCAGCAAGGAGCCAGAGAGCAUGCUCGCCCACAUGUUCAGAGAUACGAGUAAGUCACAGCCACUCGGGGCUCACGUUGCUCUUCGUUUACGUGAGGCAUUGCUUCUGAACGGGUCCCUGUGUCCCCUUGCUUCAGAUGUGUGGGGGAACAAGCAGGACCGACACGGGGCCUACCUUAUCGACCGCAGCCCCGAAUACUUUGAGCCUAUUCUCAACUACCUGAGACACGGUCAGCUCAUUAUCAACGACAGCAUAAAUAUACGAGGUGUCCUUGAGGAAGCACGAUUUUUUGGAAUCGAGCCGCUUGCUGAUCAGCUGGAGGCUGCAAUCAAGAGCUCGCAGCCGCCUGAUGACCACUCUCCAAUUUCCCGCAAAGAGUUUGUACGUUUUCUUUUAGCAACGCCCACCAAGUCAGAGCUGCGCUGCCAGGGACUCAACUUCAGUGGCGCAGAUCUGUCGCGACUUGAUCUACGCUACAUCAAUUUCAAAAUGGCCAACCUCAGCCGCUGCAACUUGACACACGCCAACCUGUGCUGUUCCAAUCUGGAGCGCGCUGAUCUUUCUGGAGCAAACCUUGACGGUGCAAACCUACAAGGGGUAAAGAUGCUGUGUUCCAAUGCGGAGGGCGCUUCUCUGAAAGGAUGCAACUUUGAAGAUCCAUCUGGACUAAAAGCCAACCUGGAAGGCGCUAAUCUGAAAGGUGUUGACAUGGAAGGAAGCCAGAUGACCGGCAUCAACCUGCGUGUGGCCACUCUGAAGAACGCAAAGCUGAAGAACUGCAACCUGCGGGGAGCCACUUUAGCAGGGACUGAUCUUGAGAACUGUGACCUCUCUGGCUGUGAUUUACAAGAGGCCAACCUGCGAGGUUCAAAUGUGAAAGGAGCCAUUUUUGAAGAGAUGCUGACCCCUCUCCACAUGUCGCAGAGCGUCAGAUAAGUCCAGCGGAGGCCACGUCGGGCUUUUUCCUUUCAGCUGCACCUUUACUCCCCUACUAUAAAACAAUCCUUACCUGUCUGUGGUACAGGUAGUUGUAUGCACAUCCCCCGUAUUCCACCAAUGUUAUGUUAGCUUUAAAUAUCUUGCACUAGAAUUUACCCGGGGUUGUCCACGUAUGACCACAUAGUAGUUUUAUCAUAAAUGCUGCAUAUAUCACCAAAACAACGAAACACUCGUAGUGUAUGUAGCUGUAUGUGGAUGAAAUCCUGUAACUAUUCUCAUUUAAUGUUCCUCAAAGUUUAUAUUCACAUAAUAUUACUUGACAUGUUAAUGGGAGCAAAGCAGAUUAGCCGUUUGCAGCAAGGUUCAGAGGCCUGAGCUCAAAAAUCAAAGGCUUACCAAUAACUGUGUCUAUAUGUAUUCCUUGUUGAGUAUGUAAUUUAUUGCUGGAAUCAUGUAAUAUAAAGGAAGCAAUGCAAGCCAAAGCCAUAAUACAGCACAGUCUAAAAGGUUAAGUGCCGUUGGUGCACUAUAAACUAUGCGGCAGGCUAGUUCUAAACGCAGCUUGGGUAUGCAAUACACCACUUACAGCUGUGAGCUUUGUCUUAUCUACUUGUGUGAUCUUUAAAAGCUUUGUGUUUUGUGUUCUGUGAAUCUACCUCUUUUUAUUUUUAUCCAGUGUGUGUGCGUGCGUGCGUGUGGGUGUGAAAGACAGCAUGCUUCUAAUCGUAUCAGUGCUUGGGUUUGCUUGGGUCUUUGCUUCACGUAUGUCACAUAAAGAUGCUCUGAACUCAUUUGCACAGGUUUAUGUUAACUUGUAACACGUUAAACCUCUUCACCAAAUGUACUCGUAGUCGUGUGUAAACGAAAUCCAGCGCUUCCAAAAAAAAAAAAAAAACCCACAAAAAAACAAAACCAAA